CCCCCCUUUCUUCCCCACUCGGCUCCUCUCCCCCCUCGCGCCCACAGCGUUUGGUGUUGAUUCGAGCGGGAAGAGGGGGGUGGGUGGGAUCGGAGGGGGAGACCAUGACCUCCAGCUACGGGCACGUUCUGGAGCGGCAACCGGCGCUGGGCGGCCGCUUGGACAGCCCGGGCAACCUCGACACCCUGCAGGCGAAAAAGAACUUCUCCGUCAGUCACCUGCUAGACCUGGAGGAGGCCGGGGACAUGGUGGCGGCACAGGCGGACGAGAGCGUGGGCGAGGCGGGCCGGAGCCUGCUGGAGUCGCCGGGACUCACCAGCGGCAGCGACACCCCUCAGCAGGACAAUGAUCAGCUGAACUCAGAGGAAAAGAAGAAGAGAAAGCAGCGGAGGAACAGGACAACCUUCAACAGCAGCCAACUGCAGGCUUUGGAGCGUGUCUUUGAACGGACACACUACCCUGAUGCCUUUGUGCGAGAAGACCUCGCCCGCCGGGUGAACCUCACCGAGGCCCGAGUGCAGGUGUGGUUUCAGAACCGAAGAGCCAAGUUCCGCAGAAAUGAGAGAGCCAUGCUGGCCAAUAAAAACGCUUCCCUCCUCAAAUCCUACUCAGGGGACGUGACUGCUGUGGAGCAGCCCAUUGUACCUCGUCCUGCUCCAAGACCCACCGAUUAUCUCUCCUGGGGGACAGCUUCUCCUUACAGAUCCUCGUCCCUCCCAAGAUGUUGUUUACACGAGGGGCUUCAUAACGGAUUCUAACGGAAGACACUGAAAAGCGCCAUGGCUACUUAUUCUGCCACAUGUGCCAACAGUAGCCCUGCACAGGGCAUCAACAUGGCCAACAGCAUUGCCAACCUGAGACUGAAGGCCAAGGAAUAUAGUUUACAGAGGAACCAGGUGCCAACAGUCAACUGAGGAAAAAAAUAAUUAAACAGGCCUAAGAAGAAGUCAAAAACCAUAAGACACCUAUCCUGCUCUGUUAUUUCUUCAUCUGCUGGGGGAAAAAAAGUAAAACAUAAACAAACAAACAACAACAACAACAACAACAAAAAACAGAACUAAAAUAUUGGGACCAUGGCAGAGAGAAGCAGGAGAGGAGCAAAAUGAAAAUUAGUUAGCCAAUGUUCCUCCUCCCUUUGGGAUGCCACCAUCACUUGUUUCUGUGUGUGUUGAUUUUGUUGUUCUUUCUAUUCAUGCUUUGCUUAAUAUACUCCAAGCUUCUUCAGCUAGGUUCAGCCCACCCACCUCCAUGAUUGUAUGAGGUUUUAAAAAAUCUGCAGCAGCCAAAGAAACCAUAUAUAUCUCCAGAAUGACUGCCUCUAGUCUCCUCAUUAACCUGUUGGGACCUCAGUGCCUUACCCUGUCCUCUUCCCAGUUUCCUCUAUGGAAGCCCUAGGAGCUUUUAAAAGGCCAAAGUCUCUCUGAAGAAUCUGUGCCAAAUGAACGUAGCUUCCUUUCUCAUUGUCACCAUCUCUGUUGGUCAUGGUCAAGGUUUCUCAUCAGCUUCUGGGGAAAAAUAUGUGUAUAACAUCUAUCUGGUCACUGGCCUGUCUGAUCCAAUGUAAUUGACUGUGUCUGACUAAUUCUAAGCUCUUAGCUCUAGAUAUAAGCUCUAGAGUUAAGCUGUAAGCUAUAGAUUAUAAUAUCAUCAUCACCACCAUCCCUCACCCCACCCAAAUCACCAACCAUCUUAAGUUAAAGUUACUUGUUGUCUGAAUGAUUUGCUGUCCCAGGCUAUUGGAUAGAAGAAAUAUUUUUCAUUUUUCUAGAAUCACAACAACUGAGUUGUAAAAGGCAUGCUUACAUCUCUUUGGUGCCUUAAGGGUAGUCAGAUGCACAGUUAUAUAUAUACUGUAUAUAUUUAUAUAUUAUAUAUAUAAAAUAUUGCAAGCUUGAGUUUGCAAUUUCUCAAACACUACUAAAAGCAAAAUUUACAUCAUCACCACUGCUCUUAUCUCUAUAGUGAUGAGACUUAUUAAUUAAGGAUCUUGCUGCUUUUCUUUCUCUACACAAAAUUUUCAUUAAAACCAUAAAGCAAUUGAUAGGGCAGCUGUUUGAGAACAGAGCUCACUUCCCAUAUUAGGGCUUUAAAUGAACUAUAAGCUAUUGGCGGCUGUAAAAAUGCUCUUAUAUUUGAGCCUGAGCCCUGGUGGAAUGCUGAUACAUCUGACCUACCACGGGAACUGCACUUAGAGAAAGGAGGGAAAACCAUAGUCAUCUGCCCUUUCUUCACUUAACACAAAUCUGGAAGACACAUGUUUAAGUGGAAUACUUGAAGGUUUGUCUAAAUUACAAAAUUUAAAAGGCAAUUGUGGGAUAUAUUUAUUUUUUAAUGUUUUGAAAUAAAUUUUAGUGUCUAGGGCUGGGAGCCAGGAUUGAUCUUUCUUUGUUCCUUCCUCUUUGUUCCCAUUCUCAGCCAUGCCUUUGUAACUUGCCAGAUGGACUUGACCAAACCACAUUGCCAUGCUGUGCCUCAGUUUACCCAUUUGUAAAAUGGGUUUAACAAUACUUACCUACCUCACAGGGGUGUUGUGAGGCUCUAUUCAUUUGCUCCUUUAUUCUUUCCUGUAUUCUCUGUAUGUCCAGCACUUUGUAGCCAUGGGAGAAAAGGGACUAUAAAAGUGUACAAUGUAAUGGAAUGAUAUGGUACCUGGAAGUCUUGUUUUCUAGUAAGGAAAUGCUACCUUGCUGUACAUACUUAUAACCUUAUAUUUGGAAAUGAGAAAUAGAUUUAUAUUUUCAGAUCGCUCAAAAGUCACACCAACUAACCAAAGAAUAAUUUAAAACACAUAGAACUAACAUUUUUAACUUAUAUUCUCUUCCUGAUCAGCUUGGUUCUAAUAAUUCUUAGUUAUGAGUGAUUUAAAACCUUUAGAUUGAUUUUGGCCAAAUAUGCCAACUUUGUACUGUGAGUGACAGGUCAGGAAUUUGGGUUUUAAGAUGCACUUUGCGCACACAUUCAUAUUUCCCUUGGCAUAUCAGAUUGAACUAAUGGCAAUAUUAUUUCAGUCUAACAGCCACCAAUCUGAAAAUGUAUUUCAAAUGUUGAUUCUGUACUUCUUUCAAUAGUAAGUAAAAAAGAAGCCCAUCUUAUGCAUUUUGCUUUCACCAACUGAUUUCCUCUUCCCUUAACCCACUUUUAAAACACUUCUUGCUGAAAGGUCAUGUAGGCUGGCUGAAUAACACACAUUACUUGCCUCCUAAAGAGUGUUCCUACUCACUCUUUUGUUUCAUUCAUUGCCGUGGAUUAUCAAGUUCUGAGGUAUCAGUACAUCCUCAAAGACUGAAACAUUCUUUGACUUGUGAAAUGAAUGUAAUCCAAGAAAUUGGUGAACUUUGGAAGUUUGGAGUUUGGGGAGAAUGGUUAAAAGAGGAUUUGAGUUAUGCAGGGAACAAAGAUCAUACAUGGAAAGGUUUUCUUUAAGAAGGGGCGAGUUUUAGACAAGGGAGUAGAAAGAUAGAGGGACAUGUGAAACAAAAUCAUUUGAAUCAUUAAUUUAAACAUUCAUUUUCAGUGGUGAACAGAAAAGCCUGAACCCACAAACCUGAAUGGUAGGUGAAACUGGGUGGUUUUAUCCAAUGCCUCAGGCAAGUGAUAUCUGGGAAUACCACACAGUAGCCAGUGCUGGUCAGUCAAAGAAACAUUCACUGCUGGUGAACCAAUACCACAAGCAUCUAUUAUGUGAGCACUUGAUCAAGAAGUAUACAUGUAGUACAGGCACUUCAUUUUGUUCAUUUAUCAUUGAUGUCUUUUUAAAUACAAGUUUGAUAUGUGAUUUGCAGAAGCAGCCUUCUGGCUGUUAAGUCAGUUGUCAGCAGAAGACUCGAGGGCCACAAAUGUCAAGACUUACCCCUGUUGCUCACCAUCAUUACACCCAGAUACAGAUGCAUACAUAGAACGGUCUGCCUGUGUCCUCAGUCUCUCUCCAAACAAGAUGCUGAUCUGUAGGGUACUUGGCAGAUUAAAUUAAACCAGAAGAGGUGACUUAAUAAAAAAGGGAAUGACAUUUAGGGUAUAAAGAUCUCAUAAGAAAUGUAAUAUGUAAAUUAUAUCUUGCUUCAUGAUGUAAAAUAUACAUUGUUUGCGUUAGAAUAGAAAUGAUUCCUUUUCAAUAAAAGAAAGAAGGA